AUGCCAGCCUUCUCCAACGACGUCUCCUACCAGACUGCCACUGCCACAGCCACCCAUCCUCGCUCGUUCGAAUCAUCCCGAAAGUCGCACGACAAGACCCCCGUUGGAAAUACUUUCCUGUGGACCAACUGGCCCAACGGCAACGACGCGAAUCACGAUCAUCAGAAUGACCGACACCUUCUGACCGACCUUAAGAACGGCAGUGCAUACUCCCUGAAUGGCCCUCGCUCUAGUGUCGGCUCGUACACGCGCGACCCGCCCCUGUCCAAGGACGGCAGCAUGCAUUCGAUAGGCAAUGGAUCCAUGAGGGAUCCCCGCGAGAACGGCCGCCCGUCAGCCAUGCUGGACCGUAAACCUUCCGACACUGGACCCGGUGCUAUUUCCACAACGGCAUCCCCUUCUAGCCAACAACCUAAUGGCACUGCAAAUGGCCGGCCUGUCCAGGGGAAACUCAUGGUCAAUGGAGACGUUCACCCACCCUACGCCGACGAGUCGUCGAUCUCGCCAUCGGCCUCGCUCUUACAAAUCCCGCAGCAGGAUGAGACCGGUCGUUAUUCUCCAGACCCUGAUCGCUUGACACCGAGCUCGAAACCCGGCCAACCACGCCACUCCUCCCCUCCCGCCUCAUCCAUACUCGACGCCGCCUCCGUGCCAGAAUCGCAGAACUCCAGUAUGCGACAACGACAUUCAUUGCAGGUUCCGAGAACGCCUAGUGUUCGACGAGAUAGCCGAGAAUACCCCGAUGAUGCUGCGUACAGCACUGGCCGAAUGUCACCGACGACCGGCUUCCGACGCGCGUCAGUCGGUCUAAUUAGAAGGGCAACGAAAAACAGCACCCACCAAGAUAUCACUCUGGAUGAGGCACCGCCGGAUGAAGAUGCGGCCCGAUGGGCCGAAGCUAUCAAACAAAAGCGAGCCUCGCGACGACGCCGCGAAGAGGAGGACGACGAGCGGGUGAUUGUGGGCACCAAGGUGGACCAAAACCACGUCAACUAUGUGACGGCAUACAACAUGUUGACUGGUAUCCGCUUCACGGUCUCGAGAAUCAAUGCGAAAAUGGACCGAGAACUCACCUCGGCGGACUUUAAUGCCAAACACAAGUUCUCCUUUGACAUCAGAACCGGAAACGAGCUGAUUCCCUCCGCAAAAUAUGACUUCAAAUUCAAAGACUACGCACCGUGGGUCUUCCGACACCUUCGCGCCAAGUUCCGUCUCGAUCCCGCCGAUUACCUCAUGUCCCUCACAAGCAAGUACAUUCUAUCGGAGCUGGGCUCCCCCGGCAAGAGCGGGAGCUUCUUUUACUUCUCCCGCGACUACAAGUACAUUAUCAAGACCAUUCACCACUCCGAGCACAAGCUUCUCCGGAAGAUUCUUCCUGAGUACUACCGACAUGUGGAGAACAACCCAAACACACUCAUCUCACAAUUCUACGGAUUGCACCGAGUCAAGAUGGCGUACGGCCGAAAGAUCCACUUUGUCACAUUCGACCUGAAGGGGUCAACGAUUGGUCGUGAUCUGCAGGAGUCAGAUCUGGAGAGAAACCCCAGAGCAACUAUGAAGGACCUGAACUGGGUUCGUCGUAACCGUCACUUGGAAUGUGGCCCGUCAAAACGAGAUUUCUUCAUUGAGCAAUUGAAACGUGACGUUGUGUUGCUCCAGAGACUCAAAAUCAUGGACUAUUCUCUUCUGGUAGGAAUCCAUGAUGCUGGCAGGGGCAAUGAAGAGAAACUGCGUGACAAGACUCUUCAGGUGUUCCAGCCAGGAGGCAACCGCGAAGAGGAUACGACUCCCAACAACCUGAUGCGCACUCCAUCGAAAUUGGAGAAUGAACGCAAGGCCCGGGAGCUGCGUAUGCUUAUCAAACGUGAACGGCCUGUUCCAUUGGACAAAGCAGCUGCGAAGAUGCCAGAUGAAAUCCUCGAUGAACGGAAAUAUCAUGUCUUCUACGCGGAUGAUGGAGGUUUCCGGGCCACUCAUGAGAAUGGCCAACCCGGCGACGAGAUCUAUUACCUCGGUAUCAUUGAUUGCUUAACUCAUUACGGGACCACCAAGAAACUGGAGAACUUUUUCAAAGGACUCUCGCAUGACCGGACACAGAUUUCUCCGAUCCCGCCAGAGAGCUACGGAGAGCGCUUCAUUAAUUUCAUCAAGGGAAUCACCAUGUCGAGGGAAGAAGCCGAACGACGACGCGAGUCUCGAAUCUCCGCGUCCGGUGCACCUCAGCAAUCGACCGAAAACCCACGUUCGAGAUCCUCGUCUGUCGAGCGAACAAUGCAGGCAGCGGAGAAGGAAGCAUCGAAAGACGUGUCCAUCACGCAUCCUCGAACGUUAGCCACUCAGAUGCCGGGGGGCCCCGGUCCGACUUCGACUCUCCCCAUCGUGGAUGAAGCCGGCGAGGCAAGCAGUGUCGGAGGGCGCAGCUCACACAGCCGACACGGCCCUCCAGCAUCAGACAAGGAAUUGCCCCCUGUCCCUCGUGACGCUCCACCGGCAACUCCCAGCAAAGGCAAGGAUGUUGAUCGGCGCAAUUUCCUGGCUCCCAGUGCGGCCCGACGUUAG